GUUGGUGGGACAAGAGCUGUCGCGAUGUUCGCUCGCUGGCUUCUGCUUUUGGCCGUGGCCUCUGUGGCUUGCUCUCAGACUGUGGAGGACAGUGCAAGGGAAUUCUUACAGAAAUUUGAUGAAGAGGCAUCCAAUCUCAUGUACCAGUAUUCCCUCGCAUCCUGGGCCUACAAUACAGAUAUCUCCCAGGAAAAUGCAGAUAAAGAGGCUGCAGCAUAUGCAAUCUGGAGCGAGUACUACGGUAAGGUAUCUGAUGAGUCUCGUGCCUUCCCCAUUGAUCAAAUCUCUGAUCCACUAAUUAAAAUCCAGCUCCAAAAGCUUCAAGAUAAAGGAUCAGGGGCACUUUCACCAGACAAAGCUACUGAACUUGGCAACAUCAUGUCAGAGAUGAGCACUAUUUACAACACAGCGACUGUGUGCAAAAUUGACAACCCCACUGACUGCCAGACAUUGGAGCCAGGCCUAGAGAGUAUCAUGGCAAACAGCAGGGACUACUAUGAGCGUCUCCAUGCAUGGGAGGGCUGGAGAGUGGCCGCGGGGAUGAAGAUGAGACCCCUGUAUGAGAGAUAUGUGGACCUGAAGAACGAAGCUGCCAAACUUAACAAUUAUGAAGACCAUGGAGAUUACUGGAGGGGGGAUUAUGAAACCUUUGAUGAACCCAUGUACAGUUACUCCCGAGACCAAGUUAUGGAAGACUCCAGGCGGAUUUACCAGGAGAUCUUGCCUUUGUACAAAGAGCUUCAUGCUUAUGUGAGAGCAAAACUGCAAGAAGUCUAUCCUGGGCAUAUCGCCUCUGAUGCUUGCCUUCCAGCACACUUGCUUGGUGAUAUGUGGGGACGGUUUUGGACCAACUUGUAUCCUCUCAUGAUCCCGUAUCCAGAAAAGCCUGAUAUCGACGUGAGCGCUGAAAUGGUGGCCCAGGGCUGGGAUGAAAUGCGCCUGUUUACAGAGGCAGAAAAAUUCUUCAUGUCUGUAAACAUGUCUGCAAUGUUUGACAACUUCUGGACGAACUCAAUGUUUGUUAAGCCUGAAGGAAGAGAUGUGGUGUGUCAUCCUACCGCAUGGGACAUGGGAAACAGAGAGGACUUCAGAAUCAAAAUGUGCACUAAAGUGAACAUGGACGAUUUCUUAACUGUUCACCAUGAGAUGGGUCAUAACCAGUACCAAAUGGCAUACCGUCAGCACUCAUACCUGCUGAGAGAUGGUGCUAAUGAAGGUUUCCAUGAGGCUGUGGGAGAGAUCAUGUCCCUUUCUGCCGCCACUCCUUCUCACCUGAAGUCACUGGGGCUUCUGCCUCCUGACUUCAAACAGGACUAUGAGACAGACAUUAACUUCCUUCUGAAGCAGGCCCUUACCAUCGUGGGCACUCUGCCCUUCACCUACAUGCUGGAGGAAUGGAGGUGGCAAGUCUUCAAAGAGACCAUCCCCAAACAGGAGUGGAUGCUCCGCUGGUGGCAAAUGAAGAGAGAACUAGUUGGAGUGGCUGAGCCUGUGCCCAGAAAUGAGUUGUACUGUGACCCACCUGCUCUUUUCCAUGUUUCUGGGGAUUAUUCUUUUAUCAGGUACUUCACUAGAACCAUAUACCAGUUCCAGUUUCAAGAGGCCCUAUGUCAGGCAGCCGGCCACACCGGUCCCCUUUACACAUGUGACAUUACAAACUCAACCAAAGCUGGUAACAAACUCAGGCAUAUGCUUGAGUUAGGCAGAUCCAUGUCUUGGACUCGUGCUCUGGAAGAGGUUGCGGGAACCACGAAGAUAGACUCUAAGCCACUUCUAAAUUACUUUAGCACUCUCAUGGACUGGCUGAAGGUAGAGAACCAGAAUAACAACAGAGUGCCCGGCUGGAACGUCAGCAUUAACCCAACAUCCGUUAUGAAUAAAGCAGAUUUAAAUGCUUUCAAAGUCAGAAUAAGCCUUAAAACUGCCAUGGGAGAUGAUGCAUACACUUGGAAUCCAAAUGAAAUGUAUCUCUUUAAGUCCACUAUGGCUUUUGCCAUGCGCCAGUACUACUUGGAAGAAAAGGGAAUUGAAAUGAAUUUCUUGCCAGAGAGUAUCAACACCUACGAUGAAACGCCUAGAGUCUCCUUUUAUUUUGUUGUGAUGGAUCCAACUAAACCAGACACAGUCAUUCCUAAGGCAGAUGUAGAGGCAGCUAUCUGGCUGUCCAGAGACCGCAUCAAUGGUGCAUUUUUACUUAGUGAUGAAACAAUGGAAUUUGUUGGGCUGCGGGCAACAUUACCUCCACCAAAAGAGGAGAAAAUCACAGUUUGGCUGGUGGUAUUUGGAGUAGUGAUGGGUGUAACUGUGUUUGGGGGGAUCUACCUCAUUACCACAGGGAUAUUAAACAGGAAGAAGAAAGCUAAGAAGUCUGACAAAACUGUUAACCCCUAUGAGAAUUCAGAUGAUGGAGAAGUAAACUCAGCCUUUGAGGAACACAGUGAACAAACAGGACUGUAAAGAUAUUGGUGCUUGCAAAAAGAACAUCAGAAGUGAGAGCGAUGUAAAAAGCAUCUACUCCGUGACAUACUUUUGGAAAUGUCUUUUUCUGGUCUGUUCACAAAUGUUAACUUCAAUGCCUGAUGUUAAAAUGUAGAAAGAAACAUGAACAUUAUAUUGUGAUGAAUUAUAAAUUUGCUGUAACUAACAGGAUUUCUAGUAGCUUAUACAGGCAAAUGUAAAUAGAGCUUAAUAUUAUAAAUGUAUUGAUAAAGUACUAAAAAAAGUGUAUUUUUUUAAACUGUGAAAACACAGCCAAUGCUAUGAUGCAACAACAUAAAAUUGGGAAGAAAACAAUAGAUACAUUCUGAAUAAAAUCCUUGAUGUCAUAAGAA